AUCCCGGGCGCGUGCGCCGUGGACGGUGCCGGAAGGCUGCGGGAGGCGGCGGCGGCGGCGGCUGCGGUGCCGGUGCCGGUGCCGGGCGGGGUCGCGGCACGGGCCGGGGCAGCAGCAAGAUGCUGCCAACCACCUUGGUUAGUUCUCGGAGCCAGGGCAAUGGUGCGCUGAGCCCCAGGGAUGCUGCAAGGCACACGGCCGGAGCGAAACGCUACAAGUACCUGAGGAGGCUCUUCCACUUCCGACAGAUGGACUUUGAGUUUGCGCUUUGGCAGAUGCUUUAUUUGUUCACUUCACCACAGAGGGUUUACAGGAACUUUCACUACAGAAAACAGACAAAGGACCAAUGGGCGAGAGAUGAUCCUGCUUUCCUAGUACUGCUUAGUAUCUGGCUCUGUGUGUCUACUGUAGGAUUUGGAUUUGUGCUGGACAUGGGGUUUUUUGAAACAAUAAAGCUGCUACUUUGGGUUGUAUUCAUAGACUGCGUUGGCGUUGGCCUCCUGAUUGCAACUCUGAUGUGGUUCAUUUCUAAUAAGUAUUUGGUGAAGCAGCAGAACAGAGACUAUGAUGUGGAGUGGGGAUAUGCUUUUGAUGUGCAUCUGAAUGCUUUCUACCCACUUCUAGUAAUUUUGCAUUUUAUCCAGCUGUUCUUCAUCAACUAUGUCAUCAUAUCUGACUCUGUCAUUGGUUAUUUUGUUGGGAAUACAUUAUGGUUGAUUGCCAUCGGCUAUUAUAUCUAUGUGACAUUCCUAGGAUACAGUGCAUUGCCCUUUUUGAAGAACACAGCUAUUCUUUUGUAUCCCUUUGCACUUCUCAUCAUGCUCUAUUUGAUCUCACUAGCAUGUGGAUGGAACUUCACCAAGAUGCUUUGCUCCUUCUAUAAAUACAGAGUGAAAUAAACCCAGGACUUUAUGUAUCUAAUGUUUAUUUUCUUUUUACGUUAGCUGGUUUUGACAGUAAAAAAAAAAUUUAGAACAUUUUGUAAAUGGUUGUAAAUUUCUCUUUAUUGUAGAUAAUUGUGUAAAAAAGUUUGAAGUGUCCUUUUUUAUUAAAAUAUUUACAACAGUAAA